AGUUUUGUUUUUACUGGUUCUCCUCCAUCUACAGGUUCUUGAUGGCUUCACUAGUGUUCAAAGCGUGUUCACAAGGCAGACUGUCAGUCACCUCUUGCUCUCUGGUCCCUCCCUCCUUUGCUUUCUAUUUAUAUCAUCCUAGUUUCACAGCAGUACUAUUUUCUCACCCCGACUCUCUCUCGUUACCCCUCUUCUUCUACUUCAUUUCCUUCUUUCCUCCUCAAAUAACUCCUAUGUGUGGACAUUAUGGAGCUCUUACAGUGGUGGCUUGGCUUCAUUCCUUCAUCGUUGCCAUUUCCACGUUCAGUUCCAAUCUCCUACAAGCGUUGUGGACAAUAUUAGGAUCUGAGCCGACUGGUCUGGAAACGCUAAGCCCUUCUCUUUGGGGUUUCAUGGAGGAGUUCAGUCCUAAACAACUGUCUGUCAAACAGCUGAAGGAGGAGUUCCUGGAGGCCCUGAAAGCCAACCAUGCACAGAAGGUCCUGCAAAUUCUGCACACGGGCAAACUAGACAUAGACACUGUGCUGGAGGUGGAUGACCCGGGCAUGAUCCUGGCCUCGUACAAGCAAGGAUAUUGGCUACCUGACUACAAAUUGGAGAAGUCCUGGGCGAUGGGUAUCCACGUGUGCGUGAUGUACAAUGCUCUGGAGACUGCACUGAUGCUUCUUGAGAAUGGUGCAGCAGUCAACCGGAUGCCCAACGGGAAGACGCCGCUGCAUAUAGCCUGCGAGAUCGCCAACAUUGACUUUGUGGACUUGCUUUUGGCUCACGGGGCAAAGGUCAACAGCAUGUCACUGAGUGGACACACACCGCUGUACUUCUGCGUGACCAAGGAUUCCGUUGAAUGUGCCAGGCAGAUAAUCCUCAAAGGUGCAAACGUCAACAUGACCAGCAACAACAAUGAGGAAGACACACCUUUGCACACAGCGGCCAGAUUUGGGAUCCCAGAGCUUGUGGCUCUACUUCUGGCCCACGGGGCAUGUGUGGACGCAGUCAACUCCCUCCAGGAGACGCCUCUGAUGAUCGCCGUCUUCUGGGCAUUUGAUCCUAAAGAGCAAAUCUACAGCCAAGAUCAUCAUUUAGUCUGCCGCCUUCUGCUGGACCACAAAGCUGAUCCCAACCUUAAGGAAGAGGACGAGAAAACAGCUCUUCACAAGGCCGCCUGGAACUGUGAUCACGUCCUGAUGCAGAUGCUGCUGGACGCCGGGGCAGACUCACGAGCCAUGGACAUCAAUGCCUGCGCUCCCAUUCAGUAUCUCCUCAAAGUGACCGAUGUCAGGCCCAUGGCCAUACCUGAGCUUUGCUUUCAGCUGCUGCUCAACUACAAUGCAGCAAGGGUCUACCCACCACAGUUCCACAAGGUGUUGCAGUCCUGCCACAACUACCCAGGAGUUAUAGAAAUAAUGGUCAACUCUUACAAACGUUUAAAACCAACGACGAGGUGGAGAUCUGCCAUUCCUGAUGACUGCUAUAAGCGACACAAAGCCUUCUAUGACUCUCUGUUUGAUGUUUGCACCAACACUCCUCGCAGUCUGCUUCACCUCAGCAGAUGUGCCAUCAGAGCCAGCCUGGGCCGAUUCUGUCACAGAGGAGUAGAACAGCUGCCUCUGCCCCCUCCCAUGAAGAAAUAUUUGUUGUUGGAACCUGAGGGGAUACUGUACUGAUGAGGAGACUGUCCUCCUCCAUAAGCUUAAGCCUGGGCAUGAGGCUGAUAUGCAGAAUGUUGGCUAACGAUCGGAGCAGAAACACUGUCUCUUUGCAGACUGUGGGAAAUGAAAAUACUGUUAGCUGGAACAUGCAUCAGUCGCAGAAGCUUAAACUGCAAUAUAAGAAAUCAAACCCUAACCCUCACCCUGCCUUUGCUUGAAAUGAACCCUAAUCACAUGAUUUAUUAUGACAUUAAUCCAUUAAGGUGGUGUGAGGCUGGACAUAGACUUCAAAUGUAUAAUAAAUUAUCAAUCAAUCGACACUUCAACUGUGAAAUGCAUCUUUCACCAUCUACAAAGGCGUUUUUUCCCCGAGGCUAGCUGGCUAGCACAGUGCUAAUUGCUCCUGCACAUUUACAUGUUUUCUUGACACAUACAUGUUUUAGCUGAGAGCUGACGUGCAGCUUGUGAAGGUGAUAAAGGAAGUAUGGAGGAACGAGAAAGUCUUGAGAAACGUUUCCUUUGAUGCGCAAUUAGUAGAGACCUCGAGUGCAGGAUGAGUCAUCAAUAUUUUUUUGGAUCAUUUUCCAGGAAAUGACAAACUCCAAACUCCAUUAAGAUAACUUACAAAACAACUUUUUUGUGUGUGUGAGUUAGAUACAUGCUUACAGAUUAAGUCACAUCAUAUAAACUCAAAUAUUGAACUUUCAUUGGGACUUUAAUUGACAAAGGCGUCGCUGAGUAAACAUGAUUUUUAUUUUCUACUUCUGCAGUGUUGACCAACUUGUCUCUUCUCCAAAUUUAGAGAGAGAUGAAGGAGAGAGUGAUGCAUGAUGGGUAUUUAAGGUGGCGUUUUUUUUGGUAUUUUUUGGUAUAAAAAGUCAUCACAAUAAAAGUUUAAAUGAGAGCCUCUGCUGGUGUUCAGACCUCUUCUACAGUCUUUCAUUGUACUACUUUUCAUGAUCCAGCCCCCUCCUCAUUAUUUUUCUUGAUGUGCGUGUCAUUCCAAACCUGUUUCAGAUCUACCCGGCAACCAGGCUUAAUGUUCACUCUCAAAUUCAUGCUCAUGUGACAUUUACCUUUCUGCAGGACAAACACUUGACAAACCACUUCACUACAAGGGCCUGUUUCUCUAAUGGACUUCACGUAGCUAUGCACAGAGAAUGGUUUUAUGCUAGCCAGGAGACAACACAAAUAAUGCCUGGACUCUAUCACAUCACAAGUUGCUCUGUAGAAACAGUACUGAUAGCUUAAUACCUUUCUCUGCAUGUCUAGUUUUACCAGAAUGUCCACCUUAACUAACUCAACACCAGAUGUUACCUUUGAACUGCUCUCUAUUCAUCUGUAUUCCUUCCAUUUAAACCACUCUGACAGGCCUCAUGUCCACCUUUAAUCCUACUCAGAGCGUGGCCUGGGUCUCUCAUGGCAGCCAAAACAACACAUAAUAAUGGUCUCAGUCUAUUUCAUCCAAAAUAGAGAUGUGCUGCCAGAAUACAACAGAGGAAGGUAUUCAGCAGAUUGAGGCUGACUGGAGUAGACGCUCUACAGGAGGAAAUCUUAAGAUUAAAGCUCCUUCCGUGCCUCUAUUUUUUCAUCUCCAAUCACAACCAGUGCACAGAUGGCAGAUAUGAUUUUCCAAAAUGAACAUCUGAAACAAAAGACAGUGGCAACAUGUCUUGUUUCCACAAUCUCAGUUCCUGUACAGUAUAUGGGGCAGGGCUGUUUCAAGACACUCUGGGGGCCCCAGGCAAGAGACAGCCCCCCCCUCCAAAAAAACAAAAACAAACAAAAACUGGCAAUGGCUUCUUUUGUUUAAUGUUUUCAACCAAUAUCAAUUGUCUCUGGGUGUCCCCCUUCCAGCUCGGGGUUCUGGGCAAUUGCAGAAUUUGAGAUGGCCCUGUAUGGGGGCCCGUACCGUUUCAAAUAUGAAUGAAUGAAACACCACAUCAGCCUCAACGUCACCGCUGUUGUUUAUGAUUGGUAACAUAUUAUCAUUAUGAACUUUAUACCCGUCCAUAGUUCAUGCACAUAGACAGGUGUGUAGACUUCAAUCUUACAUCCGAGAUGUGUUUUUUUGUACUUGCUGUUUAAGAUGUUUUUUUUUUUUUUUUUUUUUUUUUUGCUGCAUUUAGAAAAGCUAUCUUUUAACGUUUACACACUCGAAAGUUUUUUUUUUUUUUUGCGGUGCACUUAGAUCUACUGUUGUGCAGUCUUUGAUAAGCAAACAUGCCAAAGCCUAAUCAGUGAGCGGUGAGGUGUGUUUCUGUGUAUUUAUGUAGCUCUGUACUAAACAUGAACCGCUGUGUCGCAUCGUGAAUGUGAACCCUACAGGGGACACAGCUUAUCAGACAUGUCAUGAGUUAACUUCACCUUGUAAAUGAAGUGAUUAGAGAAGCAGAGACGCUUGCGUGCCACUGAAGCUGGUUUCCAACACUAUCCAGUUGAUGGGAAUCUUUAUCCAGUUAUUGAAUUACAUAUCGCUGCUGCUGCUGCAAAAAAAACAGUUGCAGCAACGUGCAACCAACCAACAAAUAAUAAAAACAAGUUUAACAUGUAUUAUGCAAGUAAUGACUAGUUGUGUUGUCUGCUGUUGAAGUCUUAAAAAUCUUGGAUUUUGAAAUUUAAAGUUAAUUUCCUUACGGUUGAGUCUUAAAUGUUACAGAGUCUAACUGUGCAGCUUCUUUCAACAGAAUAUAACAUUUCUUUUGAGAUUUAAUUCACACAUAAUCACCUGUAACUACUAAUUCUUUUUCAUUAGCCUAGAAUGAGCUGUUGAUGUCUACAUAGGGAGCAGGUCUUCUUCCAGGGAGCCCAUCAUGUCACACCACCACGUUUCUGCAGCAGCUCUAUGCUAAAGUGAGCACAUGGGACAGAAAAGGGGACGGGAAUUCAGUUGGUUGCAAUCUGCAACUCCACUACCGGAUGACACUCGAUCCAGCAGCACCCCCAUCACUCAUAUUUGUUUGUUGCAAGCCUACAAAAAAAAAAAUGAACACAAAACUAAUUGUAGAUUCAAAUAAAAACACUUAUGUAUGUCUGCAUGUGGGACAGACGCUAUCAUAUAGAGGGAAAAUGGAAGACUAAAAGGUCAGACCUGAGUCCUAAAAAUAAACCAGCGUGGGCCACGGGCGCAUGCAUUAUAAAAAAAGACAUAAGGGGAAAGGAUUUCACAGUCGGCUCCUCUGAUCCUUCUUUUACUUUUCAUUCUGUUUGAGAACACCUUCGGAUAAUGCUGUAUUUGUACUGCCACCAUGCAGGUCCCGCCACAGUGAACCGCAAACAGGACUGAGCGAGACAGAGCAACGCAACAACACCAGAAUAGGGCGCGACAUUAGAGGCAGUCGAAUGAAGCUGCAAAACAAGACAGGACGGCCUGUUCCCGGCCCCCAUUGGCAGCUGGCCACGAAAAGCCACUGGACUGUGUCUGCUUCGGCGACAGAGCCAAGUUUCCUAAAACAAAGCUGUGGCGAGGGAGAAAGGAGUCGGGAGGACGGCGACAGCACCUUCCAGAGCAGUAGCACAUGAGGCUGUUGACAGUACACACAGGUUUCAGUUCUUUGAAAGAUUUGUUUCACCCGCGCACGGACACAUUUCUCACAAUAGACUUUGAGACAAUGAGCGGCAACAAAGAGCUGAGAGACUUUUAUUUUCUACAUUCACUGGUCCUUUUAGUGGUGAACCACAAACUACAGUAACACUUGGCCUUUGGGUGACAUUCAUGGAGUACAACGUGAAGGAAACACAUCAGGGGCAAGUCCCGAAAAAAGAACAUGAAAAGAAAAUCCUUUUACAUGAAUCAAUAUUAAGUUCACAAUGUCAUUAGAAAGGCUUGAAAUCAGUACUACAGUAUUACUGGUGUGUGAAAUUCUAGCUUACGGAACCACGUGCGUCGGAUCAAUACAGCCUGUAUACAGCGUUACGUGAGCAUCCGGAUAACACAGAUAAUAUGACGGCAACAUUCAACACAGAGCUACGGCACAGACGUCUGCAGCGCACAAUUCAACACUUCACAAAGCCAUUCAGACCAAUUAAGUCGCAUAAAAACACAAAACGCGUCUCGUUGCGUAACUAUUGCGUCGCGGGGUUAUUAUUUAAUGAACGGCGACAUGCUGAGAUGGAUUGUGUAAUGAUCCCGAACAAACACUGACACAGAGGUUUGAAAAUAGUGAAUUUUAGUUCCUCACAAUUAUCCUCACAGCACUUUUAACAGAAAAGUAAAAUUACUGGGAAGGUUAAGUUGACAGUGGUUUUGAUUAAAAUUUCACCAAAAUUAAAAAUCGCUUCAGCUUGCAUAGGUUCAUAGCUCACUGCCAAGGCAGUUUCCCUCAGGAUAAAUUCUUUCUUUCUUUCUUUGCUCCCUCUAACACAGGGAUCACAGCCUGUUUACACUUAAAAAAAAACAAAAAAAAAAACACUAAAAAUGUAAGAACUGAUUCCAUAUUAUUAAAUACUAUAUAUAU